CAUAGAUGACGUACAAAGGGCCAAUCCCCAACAAUCUGACAAAAGAUACAGAAAAACUGCAGCUUUAUAGAGGAAGCUGAGAUAGAAACAUUGUAACAAUCUGCUGUGAAAGUAACCAGUGUGCAACCAAAUUUAAAAUGCAGAAGGAAAAAAGGGAAGCGGCCUAUUACUACAUUGGCAUAGACGUGGGCACGGCGAGUGUACGGGCAGCUUUGGUGGACCAGUCUGGGGUGGUGGUUGACCAGGCUGAAGAAGCUGUGACUAUAUGGGAACCUCAUCCUGACCACUACGAGCAGUCGUCCCAGGACAUCUGGAGAGCGUGCUGUGCUGCCAGCAAGAAAGUGGCGCAGUCGGCGGGAUGCGGUCAGAUCCGGGGCCUGGGGUUCGAUGCCACCUGCUCCCUUGUGGUUCUGAACAAACAGUUCCAGCCUUUGACAGUCAAUGCAGAAGGCGACCAUAACAGGAAUGUCAUCAUGUGGAUGGAUCAUCGCGCAGGAAACCAAGUAGAUCGGAUUAACAGAACCAACCACGGCGUAUUACGUUACGUUGGUGGCGUGAUGUCUGUCGAGAUGCAACCGCCCAAGCUCCUCUGGCUGAAGGAGAAUUUAGGUGAGGAAUGCUGGGAGAAGGCCGGACACUUUUUGGAUCUUCCAGAUUUUUUAUCGUGGAAAGCAACCGGGUCUCUCACCAGAUCCCUCUGCACUCUGGUCUGUAAGUGGACGUUUUCCUCAGAUGGGGGAUGGGAUGACAGUUUCUGGAAGGAGAUUGGUCUGGAGGAUAUUAUAGAAGACAACUACUCAAAGAUAGGAAACCAUGUUGUGUCUCCAGGAGACUCUGUCGGCAAUAACCUCACGUCUCGAGCUGCCAGAGACCUUGGCCUUCCAGAGGGGAUCGCCGUGGCUGCUUCCCUCAUUGACGCUCACGCCGGGGGGCUCGGAGUGAUCGGUGCCGAUGUGACCGGGUAUAACCUGCCGUGUGAGAAUCAGCCAAUCACGUCCCGGCUGGCGUUAAUCUGCGGAACGUCUUCCUGUCAUAUGGCGAUCAGUGAGGAGCCUAUAUUUGUCCCCGGUGUGUGGGGUCCCUACUACUCAGCCAUGGUCCCCGGAUUGUGGCUCAAUGAGGGAGGACAAAGCGCAACUGGAAAACUUAUUGAUCACAUGGUCCGAGGCCACGAUGGAUUCACCGAAUUACAAAACAAAGCGAAAUCCAGGGGCCAACACCUGUACGCAUACUUAAACCAUCACCUGGACCAAAUCCGGGCGGCGCGACCGCAAGACCCUCUGACUGGGGAUUUGCAUGUCUGGCCCGAUUUUCAUGGAAACCGAUCGCCCCUUGCUGACCUCACCCUGAAAGGGAUGGUUGUGGGGCUGACUCUGUCCAGGGGCCCGGAUGACCUGGCUCUGCUGUACUUGGCCACAGUGCAGAGUAUUGCGUUGGGAACCAGACACAUUUUGGAGACAAUGGCCUCUUCAGGCCACAACAUCAGCAGUUUGUUCCUAUGUGGGGGGCUCAGUAAGAACCCCCUCUUUGUUCAGAUGCAUGCUGACAUUACUGGUCUUCCAGUUGUGUUAUCCAAAGAAGUAGAAUCAGUUCUUGUAGGAGCGGCCAUCCUAGGAGCCUGUGCCUCUGGCGACUUUACAUCCAUCAGGGUUACAGCACAAGGGGACAGAACACCAGCAGGAUACGCCAUAAUUUAUUGUUUCCUGACGGAAGCCAUGCGGAAAAUGGCCAAGGUUGGAAAGAUCGUCCUUCCAAACCCUGAACACAAAAGAUUCUAUGAGAAGAAGUAUCAAGUAUUCCUGAAACUCUACGAGCACCAGAGGGAGUAUCAGGCCAUAAUGGACGAAUGUUAAGAGCGACGGGAUCAGAUGUCAUUUACCGCAGUAAUGGACGCCAUCGGAUACAAUACAAUGUUUACGAUAAAGCGAUCUGUAUGGGGGGGGGGGUGAUAUCUUUGUAAUAAAUUUGGGACCUUCUCCCGCUGUCAAUCACAAUGCAGAUUUCUUUUCUAAAGCAUUUACAAGGUGAUAAGAAACCUUCAAGGAGUCAGGAAACGUGGAAAAUGAUGAGAGUUAUGCUGGGAGUUGUAGUCCUUUCUCUACUCUGUCACAUGACAGAGUGGUUAAGCCAGUGUUUUCCAAAUGGUGGGCCUCCAGCUGUUGCAAAACUACAACUCCAAACAUGCCCGGACAGCCUUAGACCGGUGUUACCUAAUCAGUGUGC